UAUUGUUUUAUUUUUAUGCAACUCACUUUGCGUCUCAUACCAUAGCUACGCACUUCCGGGUUUAAACAUGUCAGCCAUUAACGAAAUCGUACAAAGCGUUAUCACCAAAUCAAGCAGGGAAGAUGACACAAGGUCAAAAAAGAAGUACAAAUGGAAUAUUGUCUGGUUAAAUGUCAUCAUUUUAGGAGCUUUACACAUAAUGGGGUUCUAUGGUUUCACCCGGAAAUACAGCAUUUUAUGGUCAACAACUUUUUUCUGGAAAGGUUAUUUACUCUUUGCUGCUUUCGGUAUAACAGCAGGGGCUCACAGAUUAUGGUCCCAUCGUGCAUAUAAAGCCAACAAAAUCGCACAAAUCAUCCUGAUGUUGAUGUAUUCCACAACUUAUCAAAACAGUAUCUAUAUUUGGGCGAGAGAUCAUCGUCUGCAUCAUAAACAUGCUGAAACAGACGCUGAUCCACACAAUGCGAAAAGAGGUUUCUUUUUCAGCCAUGUCGGCUGGUUAAUGGUUAAAAAACACCCGGAUGUUUUGGAAAAAGGCAAAACACUUGACAUGAGUGACCUGGAAGCAAAUCCAAUCGUCAUGUUCCAUCACAAGUAUUAUUAUCCAAUCAUAUUAUUAUUCACGUUUAUUAUUCCGACGUUUGUGCCAUGGUAUUUUUUUGGAGAAACGCUUGAAAAUGCAUUUUUUGUGUGCACAAUCUACCGAUACAUCCUCCAAGUAAAUGUUACAUGGUGUAUCAAUAGUUUAGCACAUUUAUAUGGCAAUAAACCAUAUGAUAAAGCAAUUGGACCUGUUGAAAAUGCAAUUAUGAAGCUUUGUUCUUUCGGGGAGGGAUUCCACAAUUAUCAUCACUCUUUCCCGUGGGAUUACAAAGCCUCCGAGACGGGUAUUGAUGGUCGAAACAUGACAACGUAUGUGAUUGAUGGUUUUGCAAAACUAGGAUGGGUUACCGAGAGAAAGACUGUCAAAGAAUCGAUGAUUUUGAAGAAACGUGAGCGUAGCGGUGAUUUUAAAAUACCAACAGAGACAAAAAGGAAUUACAUUAAUUUCUUACUAGUGAUAUUUUAUAUUUGUGUUGUUUAAUUGUAUAAUUUACUUGUUUUUAUUAAUAAAAUGGUUUUAUUUUGAAUAA